AAAAGACCGAAGUUUACAGAAAUAAUAAAAGUCCGAAGCCGCGGGUUUCCUCCUAUCUCUCGAGAUCAUUCGCGGGGGAUUGGAUGACGGGUACGCGACUCCACAAGGGCGGAGAGUGACAGAGAGAAUAUUAACGUCGAAGAAGUGGACGCGCGCGCGCUCAAGCGACGAAACUUCGGGGCAUACACGAACGUUUCGCCGCGAAUGGAACACGCGAGAGAAUCAAGAAGAGACGUUGAAAGACGGCGCACCGUGAUAGUACUCGAAAUCACACGAAAUGCGGGAGACACGGUGCUGUUACGUGUGUGAGAAAGAUGCGUGACGAUCGAUCCGAGAGGAAUCAAUGAAUAUUUAAUAACAAACAAAUCGUACAAAUCAACCGCCUUCUAAGCUACAUUAACCUCAAGUGAUUUAUAUUUUCUUACGAAGUGCGAAUGACGUAAUUAGUGUCUAUAUUGUCAUAAUAUCUCAAGAGCUUUUAGGUUCGAAAAAGUGAAAGGAGAAAGUUUAAAGGAAAAUAACAAAGACAAAGUGACUGAAAUCGGGAUUAAAAAGCUAUAGUAUCUAUCUAGUGUACAAAAAUAUAUCUGAUACAAAAGUCCGCCAGUGCCAAAACUAAAGGAUUACAAACAAAAGUGAGUUUAUUGUUUAAAAAAAAAUCGUGUGACAAAGUGAAAUAGAACUAAACCACAAACCAAAGAAUUUACCAUUUUUUUACUAAUCAUUCAACGAGAUUAACAAGCGGAGAACAGCUGGAGCCAUUUCAAUAUUAAAGGAAAAAAAUAAAUGAUAGUAGGCUUCGCCAAGCACUGAGUUUUCCGCACUCCGUUAAUAAACAAUUUAGAAGCAGAGUCUAAAAAAAGAUCGCAUAGGAAUUUAUAGUUAACCUUUUAAGUAUUUUACAUUUUUUAAUGAGCAUCGACGAGUAAAUUUUUAUGAAAUUUUAAGUAAAACAAUUUAAGGAAAUUUCGCUCAGGAAAAAAUACGUACGAAAACCGAUCUACUUCAGUUCGUAGCCUAAACCUGUCGAGUACAAAAAUAAAAAAAAAAAAUACAAAAAGUGAAGUUAGCCAACGUGAAGCUCAACGAAACUUAUCCAUAGUGCGGCGAAAGCCAUUUGUGAAUAAAAUAUAGAAGAAAAUUUUUUAAUAUCGUCGUUUGUGAUCUCGAGUUUAACAAUCGGCAUCAGUGACUAAAUGUAAUUCAAGAGUUAUCAAAAAAUAUUGGUGUUGGGUUUUGAUAUCUGCUAUUUAUUUCUGAAAAAAUAAUUGAAACAAUUGAAGAGGUUAAAUUCCUGGACAGCUACAGCCAGGGGAUGGAUUUGAAGAUGUGUUGGGGAAGAUGAGCGCUGAAGUAAAGAAGGAGGGCAUCGCCCCUGAGAGGGUGAGCCCCCCGGCGGCUUUAGCAGCAUCGCCAGGUAAUAUCGGACCUGGUGACCCAAAUCGUCAUCUGCCGCCUUUCAGUAGUUUCUCUGGUGACGUCACAAUGGACAGUGGAACAACAUUGACGACACUGCACAGCCAAGACAUCGGAUUAGGAUUGACUUCCUCGUGGGACUAUUACGAGGGAUUGACGGGUCGUCUGAUAGACUCCCGAGGUGAAGUAGUAUUAGCCAGUCAGUACCGACCAUGGGAGUCCAAGCAUGGCGUUGGCCCUAACAAUGAGGGACUGCCAAGCUUCGCAAGUCAAUUUGCACCACCAAGUGAAUCGGAACCGCAGUUGACAGCCUUAACGCCGUUGUCGCCUGCAUCAAUCUCGCAUUCACCGCCAGUCACUUCAGCUGUUGGAUUGCCAAGUUUCCAUACUCUGGGAACACCACUACCACCACCCCAUCCACACCGAGGAUCUGUUGGUUAUCCCUUGGUACCUGCACCCGUCCAAGCACGAGAAGUUCCAGCUCUGCAACAACAAUUGCUUGAUGAACGGCAUAUUCAGCUCCUGGGAUCUAGUCCAGUCCAGGGCUUUGCACCUCCACCACCAGGUCAUCCUCAUCAUACUGUCCUGACUGUGGUGAAACCCGAGUACCCUCAAUUGCAUCAUGCAAACUUCCAGAACCCCAUGUCAACUGUUCUUGACUCCUCACCGACUUCACGUGCGGUAGGUGUUGAUGGCAGGAAAAAAGAACGUAGAAAAAUACGUGCUGGCUCUAUGGAGUCUGAAGAUGGUAGUGGUAAUGUUGAAAGUUCUGGUCAAGUAGCAGCAGUUUCUUCUACUGCUAACCGUGGUCCUCAUGGACAUAUUGGUAGUGGAAUGGGAGAUGUUGAUGGAGAAGGUGGUCUUGGUGAUAAACCAGCCAAAAAGAAACGCAAACGUUGCGGAGAAUGCAUCGGAUGCCAACGAAAAGACAACUGUGGAGACUGUGCGCCAUGCAGAAACGACAAAAGUCAUCAGAUCUGUAAGAUGCGACGGUGUGAGAAGCUCACGGAGAAAAAGCACUUGUAUCAUCUGCAGACCGGAGAUGGAAGCUUUAGAGAACGAGGAAGAGGUCGAGGAAAAGGUGCAACACGUAGUUACAGAAAGAUAGCACGACAAGUGAGUACCCCAGACAGUGCGCCAGCUGGUUUAGGAAGUCCUCAAGCAGGUAUUGGAGGACUCCAACAGCAUCAAACUCAACAAUCCCAAUCUCAGCAGGCUUUACAUACUGACCCCAUGCAGCAGACUAAGGAUAAUCUCAAUUCUGCAACGAAUCAACAAACGGGGACACUUAGAAACGGAAACCCACCUCCACCCGUCGUUUCAAUGUCGCCGGGAGUAAUGCCAUUCUACGGAGAUUCAAGUACAGGAUUCCGACCAGCAGCUGGUUUUGGAAACACUGUAUGGCAUCAAGGAGUUACUCCUGUUGGUACAGUUACCGUAGAAACUGCACCCGCAGCUUGGCCUCCUCAGCAGUUUAUUCAGCAAAUACCCGCACCUAAUCAAUUAGAAGACCUGAGGUACCACACUCAGUACAGUGCUGCAACUCCCUAUCAUCCUCAACCAGUAACGUAUCAGCAACAAGCAUUCAUCGCAACAGAUCAAUCGGCGUUCCAGCGUGCCGGUACUACGGGGCAAUACGCAAUUACAGGACAGCCGUCGCCUCUGGCUCCAGUAGCACCACAAACAGGUGCUGCUCCACCUCAACGUACGCUAAAUGGCCAGUUCAUGGAUCCCGCAGCGACGCCUGGCCAACCAAUUGGCUUUGAAACCCGUCAGGAAUAUGUCAACGGGUAUCAACAACAGGAUGUCACAAUGGCACCACCACCAUCAACAACCCCAACUAGUCGUAGCAGUUCUGUACAAAUGGACACUCAACAACAACCACCUCAAGCGCAAGCUUCCCAAGAUACUCAAGUCAAAGGUUUCGCUACCAUCGCCUCGACAAAUGUGUCGGGAAACGAGAUGCCUGGGUAUCCACUUCAACCGGACCCACAGAGUUCACACAACUCUAACGGAUAUCCAGGCUACGUAGAGAUGGGUCAGCAGCAGCAGAACCAAUGGCAGCAGCAACAAAUGCCCAGACAACCGCCAGUAUCAGAUGCAAGCCAAAGUCACUUGUGGUCUGACAGUAAUUCCGCUGCAAAGAUGACCAACGUCAGUAAUGAAAUGAGUUGGUCAGAUGCUAGAAUACAACAACAGCAGCAACACAAUUUACAAAAUAGUUUAAAAAACGAACAACAAAACAUGAAUAUUCAGGGUCAACAAGACAUGUCACGACCAUCCAGUCAUAUGAGUUGGGAUAAUGGACGAGAGCCACCAACUCCACAAUCUUGGCAGGAUGCUAAUGAUAAUCAACAACAAUCGACACAACAAACUCAGGGAAAUUGGCCGCAACAAAGCCCGAAGAUGAGGGAAAGUCAAAAUCCAAGACUGACACCUUCAUCACAACAUCAGCAACAACAACAACAGCAAGGUUGGCCUCAGCAUUCACCAAAAAUGGUUGACCUCCCAAGUCCAGCUCAACAAAAUCCCAGAAUGACACCGUCCGGUCAACAUAAUUGGCAGCAAAGUAGUCCAGAACUCCAAAAUACUAAUAAUGGGCAUCAAAAUCCAAGACUGACUCCCUCUGGACAGGUCCAACAGUCUCAACAACAGCAGUGGCAACAAAGUCAGCAAACAAAAAUCGAACAAAAUCCUCGAUUGACACCAUCUAAUCAAAUGUCUUGGCCAGAUACGCCUACUAGUCAACCAAAUUGGUCACCAAAUAGUAUGAAGAGUGAUGGAAGUCAACAACCACAACAACAGUGGCCUGAUUCUCAACCAAGUCCACGGAGAACUCCUAGCAAUCAACAGAAUACGUGGCCAAAUCAACAGAGUCAGGAUAGUAAAAUGGAUAAUCAAAUGAAUUGGUCUCCAAGUUCAGCAGAGAAUCCUAACUGGGGUCAGAAUACCAAACAGGAUAUGCAAAAUUCCGGAGAAAGAAUCAUGUGGCAACAACAGAGUACUGAUAACAAAGCUAAUGGCUUUCAAGACCAAGAUCAAUCUAAUAGAUCAAAUUUAAAUAAUCGAUUGAAGUCUAUGAUACUGAAUAAACAACAGCAGCAGCAGAUGCAACAUCAACAGAUUCAGCAUCAAGUUUCGUCAAAUAAUCCAAAUGGAUCUAAUAACGAAUAUUCAACUGAUGAUCGGAUACGAGACUCGCAUGAAAACUCGGAUAAAUCUAUUGGAAUGCAGGAAAAACGAUCAGAGCAGUAUAUUAAUCAAGCCUCGAUGAUGUCUAUGGCAGCUUCGAAUGAAUCUAUGACCGGUAAUUUUUUAUUGCAUAGCCACCACCCCCGGGCCGAUAGUUUGCCCGGCGGUGGUGGCUUAUGGGAGUGGACAGGAGGUGGAAACAAUGUAAUUAAUAAUAGUGUCAAUAACACACAAGUAUUGCCUGAAACGGGAAUUACAGCAAUUCAAAAUUUUAUGAAAUAUACUGAUGAAAAGAAUAAAAUAAAUGAAGAGUUGAACAAGUCGUUUCAUGAUAAUUUCGAAAUCAAUAUUAAAAAUCAAGGACAUAUUAAUUCAGUCGAAGACAAUGAUAGAAAUGUGAAGGAAUUUAACUUUUCCAAAGUAGCGGAAAAAUCUGAGCAAGUUCCAGAGACUCAAACUAACCAAAAUACGAAUGGUGAUGAUGUGAUUUACAAUUCUAAUCAAGCGAUAAAACAAGAAACUGUUGAGUAUAUUUCUUCCAACGACUCUUUGCAUAAACUGCGGGAGGAAGAAGAUCUUUCUAAGCCGAUAAAAACGGAGCCUGAGUCUGAAGAAGUAGAUAAAGUGGAGUACAAGUUCAGAGGUGAUGGUGGUCCAGCUAAAUUAACAACUGAUGGAGGUUCAUGGUGCUGUAGAAGAGGAGGAACAGAACAACCAACUGCUGAACAUCUUCGUGAUGGUUGCUGUCAAGGGCUUCAAACAAAAGACGAGAUUAUUGCUGAUUCAUCAGAACAAUCCGGUGAAAUCAAGAGUGAAGAUGCUAAGAGUUCUAAAGGUGUGACGGUCAGCAAGGCACAAGAUCAUGAGAAGUCAAAGAGCAAUGUCAGGACCGAUGUUCCAGACUGCGACUGCUUUCCCGCCGAUAAAUGUCCACCGGAGCCUGGAUCGUACUACACCCAUCUUGGUGCGGCUGCCAGUCUACCGGACCUUCGUAAUGAUCUUGAGAGAAGAACAGGGCUCAAAGGCAAUGCGAUUCGCUUCGAGAAAAUUGUUUACACUGGUAAAGAGGGCAAGACGACUCAAGGAUGUCCAAUGGCAAAGUGGAUUCUGAGACGGUCUGGAGUAGACGAAAAAAUUCUGACAAUCGUCAAACAUCGACAAGGUCACAAAUGUGCUACCGCGUGGAUUGUGGUAGCUAUGGUGGCUUGGGAAGGCGUGCCUUUACAUGAAGCUGAUCGCAUAUACUCACUCCUUACUCAAAAACUUAAUCGAUUUGGUCUUCCAACAACUCGUAGAUGCGGUACAAACGAACCUCGAACUUGUGCCUGCCAAGGACUUGAUCCCGACAGUUGUGGUGCAAGUUAUUCAUUCGGGUGCUCUUGGUCUAUGUAUUACAAUGGCUGUAAAUAUGCGCGAAGUAAAACCGUCCGCAAGUUUAGAUUAUCAGUGAAAGCAGAAGAGCAAGAAGUUGAAGAAAGAAUGCACGUACUAGCGACUCUAUUAUCACCAUUAUAUUUGAGCUUAGCACCCGAAGCCUUCAAUAAUCAAACUCAGUUUGAACGAGAAGCUAGCGAUUGCAGAUUAGGAUUCAAACCAGGUAGACCAUUCUCAGGGGUAACAGCAUGUAUUGAUUUCUGUGCUCAUUCUCAUAGGGAUCUCCACAAUAUGAAUAAUGGUUGUACAGUGGUGGUGAGUCUUACAAAACAUCGAAGCCUUUCUAAACCCGAUGAUGAACAACUGCACGUUCUUCCUUUGUAUAUCAUGGAUGACACUGAUGAAUUUGGAUCGAAAGAUGGACAGCAAGAGAAAAUAAAAUCUGGUGCCAUAGAACAACUUACUAAGUAUCCAUGUGAAGUUCGAGUGCGUUCAGUACCUCUUCAACCUUGUCGCCGGCAUGGAAAAAAACGUAAAGAAGAUGAACCCGACACUGCAAGUAGCAAAAAAGAAACCGCUAAAAAUAUGGAUAAAGCAAUAGAACAAAACAAACAACCAAACUUCCAAGACCACACUCGAACUUCUGCACGAGAUCCACAACUUUCUUUAGAAAUGAAUACAAUGUUCGAAGGAAUGGAUGCACAAUUACAAAGUUCUCAAGUUUCUUCCACUGUGCUAGAUAGUCCUGUAUCAAUGUACCAAGGAUGGGGAUAUCAAGGAGAACAACAGUGGAAUCGUAAUGGCUGGUUAGAACAGAGGAAGAACAAUUGGGGAUUAAAUCCAUGGGGUGAAUAUUCUUUUGGAGGGCUAGAAAGAGAAUCUAAAGUCGAUCCAGAUAGCACUAGUCUUGACGAAACGCGACCAAGAAGUGCUCUUUCUCAAGAAGACCAUCGUCCACGAUCACGCAAUGUACCAAAUUCAACUCCAGAAUCACCACGAGGAAAUUAUGUUCAAUCUCCAGGACAUUCUAGAGGUCAACCUCCAAUGUCACCACGGAAUUCAUUACCUGGAACACCAGGCGAAGCUAGUUACGCUAGUCAUGCAUCGCCACGUGCUUUGUCAACACCUCACGAUCCGAAAAUGAUUUCUCCAAGAAGUUCUGGAUAUCCUCCUACUCCAGGAGACUCCAACUAUAGUAUGUCAUCACCAUCUUGUAAGAGUUAUUCAAGUCUUGGAGAUUCUAGACAGUCUAGUGUGUCUCCACGUGGUGUAUACUCUCAUCAACCACAUUUAGAACAGCGAAACGCAUCACCAAGAAUUGGACAGCAUACUUCAGGGCCAGAUAAUCAUAUGAGAAAUCAAUCACCAGUGAUGAAUAGAUUUCCUGCACCCGUCCAACAAAGAUAUCCUGGAAAUACUAAUUGUAUGGAGAUUCAACAACCUCCUAAUGCUUAUAGAAAUGAUUAUCCAGGUCAACAAGCAGGAAUUAAUCAAUCAGAUUCGUAUUCUAAUAUAUCUCAAAUUCACCCUAAUUAUUCUACUCAUAAUAAUCACCAACCUAAUCAACAUACCCAGCAAUUUGAUCAAAGGCAAGAAUCUCUAAUGACUACUAAUCACAAUAAUAAUAACCAUAGUCAUAACAACAAUAAUUGGAAUACCAAUCAAUCUUGGAAUCAAGAUAAUAUGAAAGCAGAACAUCAAAAUAUCAGUUGCCAAGUUUCUGGAGUUCAUUCUCGUAAUCCUUGGGAAGUUCCAAACGAUCCAUCACCAUUUCGUGUCCCAAAAGGACGCCCACCGUCCAGAACGACUCCGAAUCAAAACCCGUCCGAGACAAUUUAUCAGAAUCAACUUAACAAGACAUUUCUUAAGCCUCAGGAGCCUUCUAAAACAGAAUCAAAUUACUCAGAAAAUAUUCAGAACACCUCCAGACCUGGUUAUAGUCCUCAACCUAAUCAACGACGACCGGAAUGGUCUGAAGAAAAAUUAAAAGAUGGAUUCCAGGAUAAUCGAUCGAACAUUCCACCUACAAACUUGGCUUGGACUGAAGAAGUGAAGCAAGUUCAAGAAUAUCAUGCUAUGUCGAAUCUAGGGCAUCAUCCGUUUCCUCAAUACGGGUAUCCAACGUAUCCAGCACUUGAAAAAUCUUAUUCCAAUACUUGGGAAGGCUAUAAUUAUCAGCCCUAUCACCAAACAUCAGAAUAUUCACCUCAAUUAUAUCAGCAACCCAAGCGUGAGCAUUUUUCUUCUUCUCAGUAUCCUUAUCAGACUGUGCCACCUUACCAGGGAUUAAAUUCUGGCUGGCCAAGGUGGGAAGCACCACGCUGGGAUAUUUACGGACCUCCAUCAUACUUUCCAGUUCUUCCGGAGCCACCGCCAAAGUCCGAACCGCUUGGCGAAGUGGCUGAUUAUUCUGAUAACGAAGAAUGCUUCAAAGACCCGCAAUUGGGAGGCGUGGCUAUUGCUCUAGGUCAUGGAAGUGUUCUUUUUGAGUGUGCAAAACACGAGAUGCACUGUACUACUGCAUUGAAGAAGCCAAACCGACUGAAUCCAACAAGAAUAAGCCUUGUUUUUUAUCAACAUCGUAAUUUGAAUAGACCAAAGCAUGGUUGGAGUGAAUGGGAAGAGAAAAUGCGACUUAGAAAAAUGGGUGUUACAUCCACGUCUUCAUCAACUACCUCGUCUUCAACUUCUAACACUCAAACUAGUACUACAACAACACAAACUUCAAUUACUUCCGCUGCUGAGGAUAAACCACAGCCUCUUCCACAUAUACCUAAUGUACCAAACUCUCAAUUCAUGAUGAGAUCACCGACAUAUACUACAAUGACCUGGACUACUCUCUUUCCGAUGCAUCCAUGCAUGAUUACUGGUCCUUAUCAAGAAGGGGGUGCCAUUGGAUGAGUAACAGCAAAAGGAAAUGAAUCUGUACAAGAAUGACCUUCACCUCAAGCAGUAAUUAAAAUUUCUGCUUGAGAACAAUUACCAGGAAUAACCAAGAAAUUAUACAAAUCAAGAUUAUCAAACAUUCGAAUAAAUAAACUGCACUGCCAUAUUUCCAUGAACAUUUUAUAACGUUAAUUAAUUGGAAAUAUCAUAAUUAAUAAUAAUCCCGCCCACUUUUUCGGGGCUUCCCCUUUUUAUACCGACCCUUUAGCUAGGUUACGGUGACCAUGAUUGCUGAGGAAAACUGUAUGAAGCAGAUAGCAUGAUAGAGCAAAAAAAAUGACAUGCAUCUGAGUUUGUUUAAAGAAAAAUUGUGUUUGUUUCAUAUUGUGAGAGUAUUUUAAGUACAUUGAAAUGAAAGAGCAAUUUUUAAAUAGAGAACAAAUUUUUUAUUCAAUAAAAAAUGACUCUAAUAAUAUUUUAAAUAAAACCAAUUCUAAAUUAUCUAAAAAAAUUGUUUUCUUCCAAAAGAUGUUUCUUUUUAAAAAGUGCUCGUUUCUUUUCAAUGUGAGUGCAGGUCGCGCCAUGUUUUACUGUGCAAAGGCUUUAAUGCAAAUAGUUUAAGACGAAGACAUUAAAUAAAUUAAAAAUGUUUGACUGUACAAUUAAAUUGAUAAAGUUUCGUGUUUAUAAAAGCUGUAUCUCAUUAGUUAGUUGAUACAGAAGUAAUAGAGAGCCAUGUACACGAGGAGGAAACAUAUCUCAUUGUAUAUCUUAUCUUUUCAGAUAAAUAAAACAAAAAAAAACGUGUACAGGUACAUAUGCUCUUCCCCUUGAUAUUCUAUUGGCUAUUAUGAGUAUAAUCUAUUUUACGCAUUUAACGUAAAGAGAUAAGAAGAUUAAAUUUUUAAAUAGCAACAAUAACUAUGUUGUUGAUUAGUUGUACGGUCACUGCACAAUUGAUGACGCACUUUUGAAUGGUUCGAUUAAAUGAAAAAAAUAAUAAUGAAUUCUAAUACAAAAUUAUAACAAACAAUAACACGAUGAUGAAAAUGAUCUCAAGUUUAAUUAAUUAAUGAUAGGGAAUACUAUUACUUUGCGCCCCUUGUACAUUUAUGCUUCUUUAUUUCGUAUUUAUUUUUUAAAGCACGAGUUUUCGCACUAGCUACCGUACUGAGUAUGCAUAAAAAUGAUUAUACACGACUACUAAUCGCUCGCCAACGUGGCAUUUAAGUACAAAGUAUCUCUUUCCUAACAAUCAAUUAGUACGACACUAUGUGGUGAGUUAAUAGAGGGAUUAAAUCAAUAAAGAUACAAAACUGAAAUAAAAAUAAAUUAAUAAUAAAUGUACCUUUAGAUUUUUUCUCCAUACUAUUAGCUUUCGCCGAAGCAUGAACAGUACAUUCAAUUUAUUUGUAAAGGUUUUUUUAGGGAUUAAAUUUAAUAAACGAUUA